GCAUAAUCUUCUUUUGAGCUCUCUCAUUCGUCGGAUCCCUUCUCUCUCUCUCUCUCUCUCUCAACUUGUCAUUCUCCUCAGCUCUUUUUUUUCAUAGAGAAUUAAGAUAUAUAUAUAUUCGUUACUGUCUCUCCUUCUUCAGAUCUAGUUUUCCCAUCACACGGAUCAGUCCAGGUCUUAGCAAGCAAAAAAAAAAAAAAAAAGCAUGGCGUCCGUGGCAGCAAGUGAGAACCAGUGGUUCAAAGGGAGAGUGAAAGCUGUUACCUCCGGAGACUGCUUGGUUAUCACGGCUUUGACCCAUAACAGGGCUGGCCCACCUCCUGAAAAGACCAUCACUUUAUCUUCUCUCAUGGCUCCUAAAUUGGCUCGCAGGGGAGGAGGUAUAGAUGAGCCUUUUGCCUGGGAAAGCAGGGAAUUUCUGAGAAAGCUUUGCAUUGGGAAGGAGGUUACUUUCAAAGUGGAUUACAAAGUGGAAGCUAUUGCUGGAAGAGAAUUUGGCUCCGUUUACCUUGCCAACGAAAAUCUUGCUAAGCUUGUUGUUCAGAAUGGCUGGGCUAAGGUCAGGGAGCCAGGUCAGCAGAAUAAGGAUAAGGUUAGUCCUUGCAUUUCGGAGCUGUUACAGCUUGAAGAGCUGGCUAAGCAGGAAGGGCUUGGUCGUUGGAGCAAGGUUCCUGGUGCUGCCGAGGCAUCUGUCAGGAAUCUUCCUCCUUCUGCCGUUGGGGAUUCUGGGAAUUUUGAUGCCAUGGGUCUUUUAGCUGCAAGUAAAGGUAAGCCCAUGGAAGCUAUUGUUGAGCAAGUCCGUGAUGGCAGUACCAUCCGAGUUUAUCUUCUUCCUGAGUAUCAGUUUGUGCAAGUUUUUGUUGCUGGACUUCAGGCUCCAUCGAUGGGAAGGAGAUCUACACAAGAAACUGUUGUUGAGACAGAUGCUGCAUCAGCUCCAAAUGGAGAUGCUUCUGUUGAGCCUCGUGGUCCUCUAACAUCAGCUCAAAGACUCGCUGCCUCAGCAGUAUCGUCAGUCGAGGUUUCCUCUGAUCCGUUUGCAGUGGAAGCCAAGUAUUUUACUGAGCUUCGUGUUCUUAAUAGAGAUGUUCGCAUUGUUCUUGAAGGUGUUGACAAAUUCAACAAUCUGAUUGGGUCGGUUUACUAUUCUGUUGGGGAAGAAGUUAAAGACUUGGGUCUGGAGCUGGUUGAAAAUGGUCUUGCGAAGUAUGUUGAGUGGAGUGCCAACAUGAUGGAGGAAGAAGCCAAAAAGAAGCUAAAAGCUGCAGAACUUCAAUGCAAGAAAAACCGGGUGAAAAUGUGGGCAAACUAUGUCCCUCCAGCUAGUAACUCGAAGGCAAUUCAUGACCAGAAUUUUACUGGAAAGGUAGUGGAAGUUGUGAGUGGGGACUGCUUAGUAGUUGCUGAUGAUUCUAUUCCAUUUGGGAGCCCAAUGGCAGAGCGCCGAGUCUGUCUUUCGAGCAUUAGGUCUCCUAAAAUGGGUAACCCACGCAGAGAGGAGAAACCAGCCCCUUAUGCUCGGGAAGCCAGGGAGUUUCUAAGACAAAGGCUUAUUGGAAAACAGGUUAUCGUUCAAAUGGAAUACUCAAGGAAGAUUAGCCCAACAGAUGGUGUUACUACUUCUGGAGCUGGUGAUACUAGGGUCAUGGAUUUUGGCUCAGUGUUCCUUCCUACUCCUACCAAGGGUGAUACAGCUGAAGCAACUCCUGGAGCUAAUAUUGCGGAACUCAUUAUCGCCCGUGGCUUUGGGACUGUGGUUAGACAUCGCGACUUUGAAGAGAGGUCAAACCAUUACGAAGCUCUACUGGCUGCUGAAGCUCGUGCUGUCGCGGGAAAGAAAGGAAUUCAAUCUGCAAAGGACUCUCUAGUCAUGCACGUCACAGACCUGACUGUGGCAUCGGCCAAGAAGGCUAAAGAUUUCUUGCCAUCCCUGCAUAGAAGUAGGAGAAUAUCUGCGGUUGUGGAAUAUGUCCUGAGCGGACAUCGGUUCAAGCUAUACAUUCCAAAAGAAACAUGCAGUAUUGCCUUUGCAUUCUCUGGUGUCAGAUGUCCUGGCCGUGGCGAACCCUAUUCAGAAGAUGCUAUUGCUUUCAUGAGGCGUAAGAUCAUGCAGAGAGAUGUCGAGAUUGAAGUUGAAACUGUGGAUAGAACCGGCACUUUCUUGGGAUCAAUGUGGGAGUCAAGGACCAACGCAGCAACGUUUCUUCUUGAAGCUGGCCUGGCGAAAAUGCAGACUGCCUUUGGUGCAGACAGGAUUCCCGAAGCUCAUCUUCUUGAAUUGGCAGAGCGAUCUGCUAAGAAUCAGAAACUGAAGAUUUGGGAAAACUAUGUUGAAGGAGAGGAAGUUGUAAAUGGUGGCUCUAAAGUAGAAACAAGGCUUAAAGAAACAUUAAAGGUUGUUGUCACGGAAGUGCUUGAAGGCGGACGAUUCUAUGUUCAGACGAUUGGAGAUCAGAAAGUAGCUUCGAUUCAAAACCAGCUUGCAUCUCUGAGUCUUAAAGACACUCCCAUUGUUGGAUCGUUUAACCCUAAGAAGGGUGACAUCGUCCUUGCACAGUUUAGCCUCGAUAACUCCUGGAACCGUGCAAUGAUUGUUAAUGCACCCCGAGGAGCAGUUCAAUCUCCAGAUGACAAAUUCGAAGUGUUCUACAUCGAUUAUGGAAACCAAGAAACAGUUCCGUACAGCGCAGUUCGCCCUAUCGAGCCAUCAGUAUCCUCAGCACCAGGACUCGCGCAGCUCUGCAGACUUGCCUACAUAAAAGUACCAAGCCUGGAAGACGACUUUGGUCCUGAAGCGGGAGAGUAUUUACAUACCGUAACACUGGGAAGUUGUAAAGAGUUCAAGGCAGUGGUAGAGGAGAGAGAUACUUCAGGAGGCAAAGUGAAAGGCCAAGGAACUGGAACCGAGCUUGCUGUUACUCUCAUCGCUGUUGAUGAUGAGAUCUCUGUCAAUGCAGCAAUGCUUCAGGAAGGAAUAGCGAGGAUGGAGAAACGCAAGAAGUGGGAGCAUAAAGACAAGCAAGCAGCUCUUGAUGCGCUUGAGAAGUUCCAAGAUGAAGCUCGCAAAUCUAGGACAGGAAUCUGGCAGUACGGAGACAUCCAAUCUGAUGAUGAGGACAGUGCUCCGGUCAGGAAACCUGGUCGCGGGUAAUUGUUUGUCCACCGGUGAUCAAUGGUGGUUCCAAAGAGGGAACAGAGAAGCGUCGGUUUCUAUUUAAGAAGAGAGAUGUUGCUUGCAAAGCAUCAAACUUUUUGUAACACUUAGAAAUUCUCUUUUAUUUAUUUAUAGACUUGAGGAUUUUCUAUAUUUAGGAGUACUGGACAAUGUUCUUGUUCUUUAAUUUUGUUAGACAGAAGGAUCUCAUAAUAA